AUGAACUAUACCCCAAAUUCUUCUUUUCUAACAACUACUCCAGAACCUGGGAUGCAUAGAUCACUCCUCAAAGUAAUCAUAACUUAGUUCGGCGGCGGCUUAAAAUAUACAUCCAGUAUCGAGCCUAAAUUCCCUACUUCAAGCAGCAAAUCAUAUACAAAUUUACAAUUUUCUUCCCACUCACCUAUUAUUUUUGAGAAAACUAAAGCUUACGCCCCUAAUAUUUUGCCAAAAAUAGAUUUAAACAAAUAUUUUGACGCUUGGAAACUUUUUGUUGUGAAAAGAUUAGAAGCAAAAAUUUUAUUAGCUGAUGAUUUUAGGAAAUUAAGAAGGAAAAUAGUAAAUGAAAGAAAAAUAAGCAAGAAAAAUUGCGAAAAGCAAAUCAAGAAUAAAAUUUUUAUCAAUUGGAAAUCGCUGAUUAUAAGAAAUGAUAAAGGAUCGAAAGUUUUAUAUAUUGCUUUGAAAAAGGUAUUUAAUUCUUGAAGAAAAUAUGUAUUGAAAAGUAAAAAUAGGCAUUUUAUAUAUUGGAAAGUCCAAGAACAAUUAGUGUUGAAAUUGCAAUAUCAAUUUUGAAGCCAAUGAAGGAUUAAGUUUUUAAGGGCGCAGAAAAUUAGGCAGCUUUUUAAUUUUGCUGAGGUGGUGUCUUUGAAUUGGGCGUUUAGGACAUGAAUUGAGGAAUGCAAUAUUCAGAUUAGAUUAGAUAGAAUUUUAAAAAAAUCGCCUCAGCCAUAUUAAUGCAUAUAGUUUUUUUAAUAAAAAUAGAAAUUUUUCCAAUGAUUUUGUUGGCCCAUUGAUGGGAAGUAAGAAAGCUUAAGAGCCUUAAACAGCGCUCAAUACUUAAAGCUUGAAAAAACUCUAUCAAAGAAAGGCGUAGAAUCUCAAAAACAAUAAAAAAAUAUUUAAUAAAAAAUUUAUUGAGCAGCAAAAUUGAGUGCCUACAUUUAUGAAAACAAAAAGUAAACGCUCAAAAAAUCCUUAAAAAAUGCUUAUUAAAGCGAAAAUCAAGGCUGAUAAAAGCUUGCAUGCUAGUAUGAUAUAAGAAUAGAUUUGCAAGUUUUACGAUAGAAGAAAGCAUAAAAUUAGCAAAAAGCUAUAUUGAAGAUGAAAUUAGGUCUGAAUAUGAACAAAAAAUAAACGACCUUAGAGCUAAGCUGGAAGAUCAAAAUCAGGAAUUUUUAAAAGAAAAGCAACAUAUGAUGGAGAAACAGAAAAAAAUGAAAACAAUUUUAAGCUCGCAUGCUGGGAGAUUGUAUGAUGAGCUGUGUCCAAGGCCAUUAAGCUCAAAAACUGGGUCAAAGAGCAUUGUAUAG